AUGUUUGACUAUUCCGAUUUCCAGCAGGUAUUCCCUGCUGGCGCGCAGCUUCCCUACAGCAAGGAGCUCAUUGCCAAGAUCGAACAGUCGAGAAAGACUCUUGACGGCGUCCUCUUCGUCGACCGAGUUCUCAAAGCUCUGGGCCUCACAAAAACAAAAACCUACCCUCCCAAGUCCGAUGCUGCGCUGAGACAGCUGCACCAGCACAUUUGCGACGCUCCCAUGUCCUUGCACCACAAGUUCUCGAUCCUCUACUACGUCCUGCUCGAUUUCGAUGAAGCUGCCGACCGAUCUGUCCCGUCCGAGUCUUUCGUGUCUGCUUCUGGAAUGCCAAGCAACUACCAGAUCUUCAUCAAGGGUCUAUGGCACCUGGACCGCAAACAAUUUCCUAAAGCGCUUGAAUACGUCGCGCACCCUUCUUUGACGCCCGACUUCUCUGACGAAAUCCUCACGGCGCUGAUCCGACACGGCGACGACAUCAAACUUGCUCUAGCCUACUACCAUACCGUGCGCCCGAUUCUUAAGUCAUCGGCAGCUCUGGAGCUUCUGUUCGACGCUCUCGCGCAGACAAGCGUCACUGAAGCUUUGCUGUUCACACGCACAUUCUCCGACUACACACGCGAAGCACUGUUCCGCCGCCUGGUCAAGGUUGCCCUUGACGGUGAAUCAGUUCCUGGAGCAAGCGAGAUUGCCCUGCUCCCAUUCGAGCCCGAGGAGGAAACAUGGUUUGAGGAAUACCUGAGAAGCAGCGAGGGCAGGAAUCUUCGUAAGGCGGAGGACACGCUCUUGGUCCGCAAGAUCACAGGCGACCACAUCACGGCUGCGCGGAAGUACACGGGUAGCGGGCAAUGGGGGCCGAUUCUGGCUGGUAUUCGCUCGGGAACAGAGGGUCAAGAUGAAUGA